AUCUUAAGAAAAUCAGCCAAUCACACGAAUGUCCCCCUAUGAAAUCUGUUUAUAUUCUGCAAUUUAAAUCUCGAGAAUCGGUUGGCGCCGAACUACUUGACAUUAUUAGUGGAAGUGGGUUACGUCGAUUUAUUACGAUCGCCUGA